AUGAGCAACUCCGCGGCGCCGGGCGAGCUGAGAAAGUUAGCCACGGAGGCCGUCGCGCUGAAGGCGCGUGUCGAUGAAGGGCAAAGGAAAAAAAAAUUGCUGCGAGACUUGCUGAUCGCGCUGCAGGAGGCGCUCGAGCGCCGCCGCGCCGAGGAGGAACGGCUACGCCGCGAGGCCGAGGAGGAGGAAAGACGCGCGGCCGCCGCGGAGGCCGCGCGCCUGCGCGCCGAGGAGGCGGCGAGACUGGCCACCGCAGCGGCGCGGCAGAAGCUUGCACUCGUCGCCGCCGGCGGUCUCUUUCUGGGCGCCACAACCGCCGUGUUGGUGCGGUCGACGCGGCACCACCCGUUCCUCGACCUCGCGCUCGACGCGGCGCGGCGGCCUCUCCAGCACCUCUGGAAGGCCGCGGCCCAGGGCCGCGCGGGCCGCGCCGCGCUGGUGGCAGCGCGGCGAGGCCUCAACUGCGUCUCGCGCGGCGCCGCUGCUCUCGGUCGCGGUCUCGGGGGCGUGUUGUUACAGGCGCAAAGCGUCGGGGCCCUCGAUAGCGAUGUGCGCUGCGUCCGCGCGACGCGGCUUCUGGAAGAAGCCGGUCGCCGCGCCGCACCUCAGGCGCAGCGCUCCAUGUUUUCCUGCUCCACGAUCGGCUGCGCGGCGCUGCAAGGCGCGGUCGGCGGGACGGCGCUCGGCGGCUUGAUUGGCUUUGCCGCCAAGUCCCUGAGCAAGUCGGCCAAACCGAAGGCCGUGGAGUCGGAGGAGAGCAAGGGCGAGCCCGAGGAAGUGCGGGCGCCCGAACCCGAGGAGGAGGACGCCGACGAGCUCAUGCCGGACCCCACAUUACGUGGCGUGGUCUCGCCCCCCAUGGCGCCCUUCAUGGCGAGGACGGAAACGCGCCCGCUGCCGCCGGCGCCGCGCCGAAUGGCGCUACCGCCGCCGCCCGUCUUCGCGCCGGUGACGCCCGCUCUACCGCCGCCGCCGCCGCCCGUCACCGUGGUGACGCCUGAAUCGCAGGAGGAGCCCCAGGCGGCCGAGGCGUCCGAGUGCGACGAGGAGCCCGCGGAGGAGCCCGACGCGGCCGUGGAAGUGGUCCUGCGGCCCGCGCGCCGCGGCUACCCGGAACCGGCGUUCGAGGGCCUCGAGGCGCUGCGCGCGAGGCCGACGGAGUACCACGAGCUCGCCGCGGCGCUGGCUUCGUCGGGGGCAUCAAUCGAAGGCGGGGAACGGCCGCUGCUCGUCUUCCGCCACGACCGCAUCUCGAGCGCGCGCGUCGCAUCGGUGACCAUCACGGCGAACCGCAACCGCAACAUCGAGAUCGACAAAGACGGAGACAUCGCCGCACAGACGGCGGCCGCCGUGCGCGAAAUUAAAGCCGCGACGCAAGCGCUCAACCCGAUCAAGGCGCGCCUCCGCGCCUUCGAAGGGCAGCGGGUGAGCGUUCCGGGCGGCCGCGUGUCUAUUGGCUUCUCCAAGGAGGCCGUCUAUGGCUACGCCCUCUUCGUGGACCGCGGCGUCUGGAACCGGCUCGACGAGGAGGCCCAGGACGCGUGCGUCGACGCGGGCAUUAUCGUGUUGAAGGGCGCGGCGGCGCCGUCGGUGGCGCUCACGGUGCGAGACAUCGGCGAGGCGCCACCGGUGCCGCGCAAGAAAAAGGGGGCUGCACCGGCGCCCGGCAAGCUCUCGGCCGUCGUGCGGGCCAAGCGCGGCGUCACGUACUACAAGUGA